AAUUGACUGAAUUAAGGGAUAAUUUGAAGCAAAUGAUUGAGAAGACGACUCAAUUGGCGAAUGCAUACGAUAUGAAACGCCUGGAGGCGCAGGAAUUCCGGGACUGUCAGAGCGUACACGUGAACGAGGAUGUGAACGCCGGUUGGGGUCAAGCGGUGCCAACCGAUGUCGAGUGGCCCACAGAUAACAGCGCGUUGAAGAGUAGCGCAACGGUCACUAAAGUCAAAUAUAGGUGUCUCUACGCCUUCACAGCCAGAAAUCAGGACGAGUUGACUGUAGAACCGGGAGAUAUAGUUAUCGUGGAUCGGAGCGCGUGUUCUGAACCGGGAUGGCUGUCGGGUCAGGUGAGAGAUCACGUCGGAUGGUUUCCCGAGGCUUAUGUCGAGCUCAUGGAAGGCGAGUCUAUUAAAAACGAAAAUGAAACCAAUUUUGAACUCAGACGGACUCCUCUCGAGGGUAUUGCAGAAGAGCCCCAAAAUGGGAACGAGUCUGAAGUGAUUGCUACCAAAGUUUCGACUCAAUUCUCAGCGCCCGAUGAUUCGAGUUUCCAGCCGUCGAUCGCGGAUCCAAAGAGCUCGGAGUUAACGGCCGACACUAUUAAAGCUGUGGCACAGUAUCCCUGGAAAGCCAAAGAAGACAAUCACUUGUCGUUCGCGAAGGGAGACAUUAUAAUAAUCAAAGAGCAACAGGACAUGUGGUGGUUCGGACAGAUUGGCGACACGUCUGGUUGGUUUCCAAAGUCAUACGUAAAGCCUAUAGGCGAGGGCGGGAAUGUCGCUCAG